AUGAGGAGCAACAGCAGCCUGAAUCCUCUCUACUUUCAGCUCACUCUGUUUGCAGACUACGGGCCCCUCAGAUAUCUGUUCUUCAGUCUGUGUCUGUUGAUCUACAUGAUUAUAAUCUCUGCUAACGUUGCCAUCAUUCUGACAGUCUGCCUGGAGAAGUCUCUGCAUCAGCCCAUGUAUAUUUUCAUCUGCUGUCUGUCUUUUAACUCUCUGUACGGCUCAGCCGGUUUCUUCCCCAGGUUUCUGAUGGACAUUCUGUCUGACACUCACUUUAUCUCACGGCCAUUAUGUUUCAUUCAAGUAUACAUUAUUUACACCUAUGGAGGAGACGAGCUGACUCUUCUCAGCAUCAUGGCCUACGAUAGACUUGUGGCCAUUUGCCAGCCCUUACACUAUCACAGUAAAAUGACGUUUAAGAUGGUGUGUUAUCUUUUGAUUUUUGCUGUGCUUUAUCCUGCAUUUGUUGUUGGCUUUGUAGUUUAUCUGGCCAUGCAAUUGCCUUUGUGUGGAAAUAAAUUGAGCAGGCUUUUUUGCACCAACUGGCCUGUAGUUCAGCUCUCCUGUGUGGACACAACACUGAACAACAUAGGAGGUCGGUUUCUUACGAUGAUAAGCAUCUUCAUCCCCCUGUUCUUUGUCCUGUACACAUAUAUACGAAUUCUGCUUGUUUGCAGGAGACAAUCAACUGAAUUCAGAGGAAAGGCGUUACAAACCUGCCUGCCUCAUAUUAUAACAUUUCUGACCUACACUUUCACUCUCUUCUGCGAGCUGUCAUUGACUCGAUUUGAGGCUGAUAAAAUGAGUUCAAUAAUCACAAAUGUUUUAUCUUUAGAAUAUCUGAUCAUUCCCCCAAUCAUUAACCCUCUAGUUUACGGCCUGAAACUGCCACAAAUAAAAGCAAGAAUUAUCAGAAUUUUGAAGAAGGGUCCUGCUGCCAGACUUUAA